CCAUAGCUGUUAAAAAGCCCGUCUCCUUUGCCCUCUCUUCCUCUGCUCAUCCUCUUUGCAAGUCGCUCUCCCUCCCUCCUCACCCCCUACUCUCAUCUCGUCCUACCUCGGGGUACUCCGUACCGUACAGUCAUUGCAGCGUGCUGCAAAUUCCUCACCCACCCUCCCCUACCUGUUAUCCCUCCGUGCGCCGGCCCGCCUCGACCCUAUCGAUCAAUCACUACCGCCUCACCCCACAUCCCUCCUCCGUCAAUAGACUCCCACACUCAUUUCUGAGCUACCACUGGUCUUCUUGUCGGCCCAGUUCUCCUUCAAUUGAUACCACACGAGUCUCUUCCACGCACACAGUACAAAAUGUCUUCCACUGCACGUCCUCAACACCCUCUCCUCAGGAGGAACAUCACCUCCGACUCGGUCGUCUCAUCGAGCGCAAACUCGGUGUCCGUAUCGCCCAUUGACUCUCCCACGGGCUCGGCCUCUUCCACGUCCCUCUCCUCUCUGGGCUCCGUCGAUGAUGUAAAGCCCUCGACUGGCAAGCUUCUCGACACGUACGGCAACGAGUUCGAGAUUCCCGACUACACCAUCAAGCAGCUGCGUGAUGCGAUUCCCAAGCACUGCUUUGAGCGCUCCGGCGCAAGGGGUCUCUUCUACGUUGCCCGCGAUGUUGCCAUGAUGGGCGCCACCUUCUUCCUCUUCAACCGCUUCGUCACCCCAGAGUACGUCCCCUCGACUGCCGUGCGGGCUGCGUUGUGGGCCGGAUACACCUUCGUGCAGGGUCUGUUCGGAACCGGUCUCUGGGUCCUCGCCCACGAGUGCGGCCACCAGUCCUUCUCGCCUUCCAAGGUCCUCAACGACACCGUUGGCUUCUUCUGCCACUCCGCCUUGCUUGUCCCCUACUUCUCCUGGAAGAUCUCGCACGGCAAGCACCACAAGGCCACCGGCCACAUGGAGCGCGACAUGGUCUUCGUGCCUAAGACCAGGGAGGAGUACGCCUCGCGCAUCGGCAAGUUCGCACACGACCUGCACGAGCUUACCGAGGAGACUCCCAUCGCCACCGCCCUUCACAUGGUGGGCCAGCAGCUCGCCGGCUGGAUCUUGUACCUCUGCACCAACGUUACCGGUCACAACUACCACGAGCGCCAGCCCGAGGGCAAGGGUAAGGGCAAGCGCAAUGGCUGGUUCAGCGGCGUCAACCACUUCCUGCCGUCCAGCCCGCUGUACGAGAAGAAGGACGAGCACCUCAUCCUGCUCAGCGAUCUCGGUCUCGGCUUGGCUCUGUCGGCGCUCGCGUACGUCGGAAAGAACUACGGCUGGAUCAACCUGUUGGUCUGGUACGGGAUCCCGUAUCUGUGGGUGAACCACUGGCUUGUCGCCAUCACCUACCUCCAGCACACCGAUCCCACCCUCCCCCACUACGACGCCAACACCUGGACCUACACGCGCGGCGCCGCUGCCACCAUCGACCGCGAAUUCGGCUUCAUCGGCCGCACCCUCUUCCAUGGCAUCAUCGAAACCCACGUCCUGCACCACUACGUCUCGACCAUCCCCUUCUACCACGCCGACGAGGCGAGCGAGGCCAUCAAGAAGGUCAUGGGCAAGCACUACCGGAGCGACACCGAGGGCGGCUCGCUCGGCUUCUUGAGGGCCCUGUGGAGGAGCGCGAGAUGGUGCCAGUGGGUGGAGCCGAGCGAGGGCGCCCAGGGCGAGGGCAAGGGCGUCUUCUUCUUCAGGAACCGGAACGGCCUGGGUACCCAGCCGCGGAAGCUGGCGCCCAAGGGAGCCAAGAUGGAACUCGGCGCUGAAGAGGAGUAGGCUAGUUUCGAGCAUUUGGUAUCUUUUCGUUUCUGAUGUUCCUUCUUUUCCAUUCACGCCUUUUUCGAAUCAAGAGCAUGCGG